GCCCGGAGCCGAGCGGCCGCCGCGCCCCGGAGCCCGGCCCGGCCCCGCCCGCUCUGGGCCCCCGCAGGCCAAGGCCGCCGGGCGGGGGCGGGGACGACCAACUUGGGGCGCGGCGCAGCCCCGCUCUCCCGAGAGCUCGGAGCCCGGGAGCGCCACGGCCGCGGCCAGACGGCGGGAGCGGAGCGCGGCGAGCGGAGGCGGCGAGCGGCGCCCGCGCUGCAGCCCCGGCCUGGGCGAGAGCGCGAAUAUUUUUCAAAAGACUCAAACUUUCCUCCUUUCCCCGUUUUCUGGGGCGCCUCUUGCCUGGAAUUGCUCUCCAGAUUCCCGCGGAGCGCCGGGCUGCUAUUCCUCCCCCGGGUUUAUCGGCGGCUCGGCUAACUUCACGGACCCGGGGACCCGGGGAUCCGUGGCGCUCGUCCCUCGGCCGAACCCAGCCCGCGCUGCUCCCCGGAUCAGGAGGGCCGGGCCCGGGGCUCCUUCGCCGCCGCGAGUGCUUUCAGCCCGGCCCCCUGGAGUCGGGCCGCUGAGCCCACGGCAGCGGCCGCAGGACUGGAAACAGCAGAUUGAUUAACUCGAGCGGAGCCCCGGCCUCCCUGACUCCGCUCCGCUGAGGGGCGGCCCCAGUGCGGGGAAACGACAAGUUUGUCAGUCGUCUGUGGCCUGUUGGAUCGAAGCGCCGCCGCCGCCGCCGCCGAGAGGUCCCCGGCGCCCAGCAUCCCGCGCGGACAGCCCUGGGGACCCGGGGCGGCUCGGCGGCCGGGCUCCUCGGGUCGGGGCGCUGGCUGCUGUGCCGGGCGCGCCGAGGCACCCGGGGCUGGGCCAGCGCCCCCUGCGUCCCCACGCGGGCAGCGGCCCCGCCGGAGGAGAAACCCGGGUCGCCGCCACCUCCGCCUCUUCAGUCUUCUGGUCUUCGUCGCCGCUCUCUCUCUCACCUCUCAGGGAAAGGGGGGGACAUAGGGGCGUCGCGGGGCCCCGACGAAUGCGCCCCCCGCCGCCUCUCGGGCUGCGCCGCCUCGCGGGGAUGAAGCACCGGCCGUGAAGAUGGAGGUGACCUGCCUUCUACUUCUGGCGCUGAUCCCCUUCCACUGCCGGGGACAAGGAGUCUACGCUCCAGCCCAGGCGCAGAUUGUGCAUGCGGGCCAGGCAUGUGUGGUGAAAGAGGACAAUAUCAGCGAGCGUGUCUACACCAUCCGGGAGGGGGACACCCUCAUGCUGCAGUGCCUUGUAACAGGGCACCCUCGACCCCAGGUACGGUGGACCAAGACAGCAGGUAGCGCCUCGGACAAGUUCCAGGAGACAUCCGUGUUCAACGAGACGCUGCGCAUCGAGCGUAUUGCACGCACGCAGGGCGGCCGCUACUACUGCAAGGCUGAGAACGGCGUGGGGGUGCCGGCCAUCAAGUCCAUCCGCGUGGACGUGCAGUACCUGGAUGAGCCAAUGCUGACGGUCCACCAGACGGUGAGCGAUGUGCGAGGCAACUUCUACCAGGAGAAAACGGUGUUCCUGCGCUGUACUGUCAACUCCAACCCGCCUGCCCGCUUCAUCUGGAAGCGGGGUUCUGAUACCCUAUCCCACAGCCAGGACAAUGGGGUGGACAUCUAUGAGCCCCUCUACACUCAGGGGGAGACCAAGGUCCUGAAGCUGAAGAACCUGCGGCCUCAGGACUAUGCCAGCUACACCUGCCAGGUGUCUGUGCGUAACGUGUGCGGCAUCCCAGACAAGGCCAUCACCUUCCGGCUCACCAACACUACGGCACCACCAGCCCUGAAGCUGUCUGUGAACGAAACUCUGGUGGUGAACCCUGGGGAGAAUGUGACGGUGCAGUGUCUGCUGACAGGCGGUGAUCCCCUCCCCCAGCUGCAGUGGUCCCAUGGCCCUGGCCCACUGCCCCUGGGUGCUCUGGCCCAAGGUGGCACCCUCAGCAUCCCUUCAGUGCAGGCCCGGGACUCUGGCUACUACAACUGCACAGCCACCAACAAUGUGGGCAACCCUGCCAAGAAGACCGUCAACCUGCUGGUGCGAUCCAUGAAGAAUGCUACAUUCCAGAUCACUCCUGACGUGAUCAAAGAGAGUGAGAACAUCCAGCUGGGCCAGGACCUGAAGCUAUCAUGCCAUGUGGAUGCAGUGCCCCAGGAGAAGGUGACCUACCAGUGGUUCAAGAAUGGCAAGCCGGCACGCAUGUCCAAGCGGCUGCUGGUGACCCGCAAUGAUCCUGAGCUGCCCGCAGUCACCAGCAGCCUAGAGCUCAUUGACCUGCACUUCAGUGACUAUGGCACCUACCUGUGCAUGGCUUCUUUCCCAGGGGCACCCGUGCCCGACCUCAGCGUCGAGGUCAACAUCUCCUCUGAGACAGUGCCACCCACCAUCAGUGUGCCCAAGGGUAGGGCCGUGGUGACCGUGCGCGAAGGAUCGCCUGCCGAGCUGCAAUGCGAGGUGCGGGGCAAGCCGCGGCCGCCGGUGCUCUGGUCCCGCGUGGACAAGGAGGCUGCACUGCUGCCCUCAGGGCUGCCCCUGGAGGAGACUCCGGACGGGAAGCUGCGGCUGGAGCGAGUGAGCCGAGACAUGAGCGGGACCUACCGCUGCCAGACGGCCCGCUAUAAUGGCUUCAACGUGCGCCCCCGUGAGGCCCAGGUGCAGCUGAACGUGCAGUUCCCGCCGGAGGUGGAGCCCAGUUCCCAGGACGUGCGCCAGGCGCUGGGCCGGCCCGUGCUCCUGCGCUGCUCGCUGCUGCGAGGCAGCCCCCAGCGCAUCGCCUCGGCUGUGUGGCGUUUCAAAGGGCAGCUGCUGCCGCCGCCGCCUGUUGUUCCCGCCGCCGCCGAGGCGCCGGAUCACGCGGAGCUGCGCCUCGACGCCGUAACUCGCGACAGCAGCGGCAGCUACGAGUGCAGCGUCUCCAACGAUGUGGGCUCGGCUGCCUGCCUCUUCCAGGUUUCCGCCAAAGCCUACAGCCCGGAGUUUUACUUCGACACCCCCAACCCCACCCGCAGCCACAAGCUGUCCAAGAACUACUCCUACGUGCUGCAGUGGACUCAGAGGGAGCCCGAUGCUGUCGACCCUGUGCUCAACUACAGACUCAGCAUCCGCCAGUUGAACCAGCACAAUGCGGUGGUCAAGGCCAUCCCGGUCCGGCGUGUGGAGAAGGGGCAGCUGCUGGAGUACAUCCUGACCGAUCUCCGUGUGCCCCACAGCUAUGAAGUCCGCCUCACACCCUAUACCACCUUCGGGGCUGGUGACAUGGCCUCCCGCAUCAUCCACUACACAGAGCACAACACUUGCCAUUUUGAGGAUGAGAAGAUCUGUGGCUAUACCCAGGACCUGACAGACAACUUUGACUGGACGCGGCAGAAUGCCCUCACCCAGAACCCCAAACGCUCCCCCAACACUGGUCCCCCCACUGACAUAAGUGGCACCCCUGAGGGCUACUACAUGUUCAUUGAGACGUCGAGGCCUCGGGAGCUGGGGGACCGUGCAAGGUUAGUGAGUCCCCUCUACAAUGCCAGCGCCAAGUUCUACUGCGUCUCCUUCUUCUACCACAUGUACGGGAAACACAUCGGCUCCCUCAACCUCCUGGUGCGGUCCCGGAACAAAGGGGCUCUGGACACGCACGCCUGGUCCCUCAGUGGCAAUAAGGGCAAUGUGUGGCAGCAGGCCCAUGUGCCCAUCAGCCCCAGUGGGCCCUUCCAGAUUAUUUUUGAAGGGGUUCGAGGCCCGGGUUACCUGGGGGAUAUUGCCAUAGAUGACGUCACACUGAAGAAGGGGGAGUGUCCUCGGAAGCAGAUGGAUCCCAAUAAAGGGAUCCUGCUCUGUGGCCUGGACAGUGAGGACCUGCAUCCUGGUCUGCUCCCAGUGAACUUGUGUCCUCGUGCAUUUGUUCAUUCAGCAAAUACCAACCAAACACUGCCUUUGUGGAAGCCCCUGUUUAAUGGGAGAGAUGGACAGUAAGCUAAUAAUGACACCAAGACAUAUAUAAUGAUGGGUACAGUGAGGGCUGGGAAGGGAAAUUGGUGCUAUGAGAGAAGGUAAGAAGAGGGUUCUUAUUUGGGUUGGGGCUUUGGGGAAGACUUCUGUAAGACAUUUAGGAGAGACAGAAUGAUUGGAGUUAGCCUGUUGGGGCUGGGAGAGGCUUCUGAGCAGAGGGAACAGAAUAUGCAAAGGCCAACAGGGCCCAAAAACUUAGAAUGCUCAAGGAAGGGGAGUAAGGGCAAAGGAGGAGGAAUAAAGUUGGUAUGGUGGUUGAAAUGCCAUUUUCCCUUCUCAGCACCCAACCCUACCAUCCCUCCUACACGUGUGGAGUCCCUUCCCUCUUAAUCUCUAUUCUGGCCCUAUAGACCCCACCCUGCACCCUACUUGGGGCUGCCUCCCUUAUUCACCACCAGCUAGCUGCAUCCUUGCCCUAAAAUCAAGUUAUGUCAACCUUUCCCUUUAUCCCAGACCUCUCAGAAUUCUAGAAUUUCAGAGCUAGGAGGUCCUUAAAGGUCACUUAUUUCAAACAUCUACUCAUAUAUUAUAGGUGAGAUGGGCUUGCCAAGGUCACGAGGAUAGGCAGUGAUGAGCAUUUGCAAAGUGACCCCAAAUCAAGGGUGUGGAUGUCAUGAUAUGGACUACAUCAUAUCAGGCAAAUGACAGGAAGUGUCUUUCAGGUUACUUGGUUACAAUGAUUCAGGUAGGUCGAUUGGGCAGUUUCACUUCCAUGUUCCAGAUGGGGAAAGUGAAGCUCAGAUUACAAGACCAAGGGCUCCCUCUCCCUACCACCUAAGUUUUAUUGGCUCUCGUGUUGGGUAACUUCUUGCUGCCACACCUGGCCUUUCUUUUCUAAUGGAAGAGAAAGGGUCUAAGGGACUCACCACUGCUGUAGGUUGGCUCCUUGAGCACAGGAAGAGAAAUCCAGUCAAGCUCACUCAAGUACAGGAGCAUUAUUGUGAAGACAAAUACAGUGAGGGGGAUGGGCACUCAGAAAUCCAAACAGGAGUUGCAACAGCGAUGGUUUUCCUGAACCAGAUGGGCAUUUUGGAUUCAAGGUAGCUCUAGGAUCAUUGUCUACAGAAGCUUCUGGUGCCUCACCUGUGGUAGAAUGAAGAUGGCUGUAAAUCCCAUGUUAUCCUUCCUGUAGAGAGGCAGAGUCUAAUUCCCUUCCUCUUGAAUCUGGGUUGCUCUUAGUGCCUUGUUUGUGCAAUAGAGUGUGACAUGCUGAGUUGAAGAUGCCUUGGAGCUUCAGCUCAGGCCUCUUGGAACGUUCUCUCUGGAAGCCCUGAACUGCUACCUAGGAUGUCCUCUGAGUUGCUCUGAGACCACCAUGCUGGAGGGGCUUCAGCUGACCAUCCCAGCUGAGUCCAGCCUUCCAGCCAUCUCCACCAAAGCACCAGAAGAUAUGGGAGUGCAGCUGCCUCAGACCUUCCAGACCAGCCUAACUGCCACCUGAAUUGCUCGGCCAAGCUCUGUCCA